AUAGAUUAUUGAUGUAUGCCUUUCAAUAUUAAUAAAACCUCUCAGUGGAAUGAAUUUGUUUAAACAGAAAAAAAAGUCAGCUGAGAGCCGUUACAGUGCUUGAAAACCAGCAUUUGAAUAAACACAAUGUAGUACAAAGAAAUGAGAGAGAAGAUAAACACUAUUAAUAACAAUACAUAUAGUAAUAAUAUUAAUAUUAAUUAAGUUAAGCAAAUAAAUAAAAACAAAAGUGUGGAAAAAAUAAGGUGCAGAAGGAAUUUACUGUUAUCAUUUAACUCCUAUAGCAGAUGGAUUGUAUGCACACAUAUUAUUGAUACCUUUAACAGACUCAAUGUGGUAAUGAACAACUCAAUAGAUGGGGACAUAUUUAUAAAAUUUGGGCAAUUUUUUAUAUGAAAUUUCGCAAUAAGUGUAAUACAUUAACAGUAGUAUUUUAUCGUUCUUGUUUUCUUUAUAUAAAAUUAGACUCUCUUUGGCUUCUAACUUAAUUAUGUGGAUUGUUUGAUUAGCAAAAUAAUCGGUUUUCUCUAGCAGACUGUAUAUAUCAACCUUGAUAGAUGUAUUGUCUUCUUUGGCUUUACAAAAAUCACAUUUGAUUUGAUGACAAAGUUUGAGGUUUAAGAAUUAGCAUAUUAUUUACAGUUCGGUUGUGUACUUCUCUUAUUGGUUGAAAACAAUAGGUUUGUAAGGAGUUUUUGCCACUGAAUCUUGGAAAAAUGGGAGCUUCACAUAAAUUUUCCACGUGCAGUGAUUUUUCUUGUUUAGAAAUAAAAACUUGUAUGUUAUUUGUACAUUUGUGGCCUUUGAUAUGUAUUCCACUUAAAAACAUGGUAAAUUUAUAUGGAAUAUUAAAUGUUUUAGUUCUAACAAAGUCCUCAUAACUAAGAAUUUGAUCGUUUUUUAACAGUGUUCUGUUGGUUUUGAACGCAGCCCAGUUGGUCAACUGCCACUUCACCUGAACGUCAUUUCCGUCACACAACCUUCUCCUAGAGUUUUGUCUAAGAUGGCGUCAAUGCAGUUAACGGAUGAGGAGCUUUUCUCCGAAUUAAAGCGUUUCGGUUUCACUCCAGGCCCGGUUACCGAGAACACCCGUCCGGUGUAUUUAAAGAAAUUGAAGAAGCUUCGCGAAGAGCAACAGCAGCGGGGCUCCAGAUCGGGUAAAACCCGUAGCAGCGGGGCCAUCCACAGCACCACUGGCGGCGGCAACACGGCGGGAUCCAGGCCAGCCAGCCAUGACGUCACGCACCUGAGCUCUAACAGGAGACCGGGCCGGAAGUCCUCCGUCCUCGGCUUCAGCUCCGACGAGUCUGACGCUGAAACUCCACUGAAAAGAAAGGGCCUCAAUCACAGCGGCAGGGCAGACCGAAGCUCCGGUUUUCAACAACAACCGAAGAUAAGGCCCGUUACAACACCGACUGUGGCUAUCAAGAGUCAGUAUGGCGCUGGGAGUACGCUGAAUAGCAGCAGUUCUUCCCCGGGUCCGGACGGACAGAGAGGUGUCUCGCUGGGCUGGGGAGUUCGUGCCAGAUCCAGCCCUGAGGCGAAAGGGAGGGAUUACGACGAAUCGGGAGAAGAGGACGAUUAUGAGGGGGAAACGGAGAAGAACUCUCGCUCUGUAAAUGGCUGCGGGGCGUCUCACUUGAUCACUAGCAAGUUAGCCGGGGAUUACUCAGACUCCGACGAGGAGGAGGUUGGGGGCCUUGGCGGCGUAGACCGACAGCGGGAUAGGUUAGAGCCCAGACGGAGCCACCCGAAAGCGGCGUUCCCUUCCCACGGAGUCGGCCGAGGGUCUCAGACGGGAGGGGCAGCCAGAGAGGUUAACUCGCCUGGGAGUCUAAACAUGGUGGGAAGACGGAGGGAGGAGGGGGAGGAAGACGGGGUGAAGAGAAGGGACUCGGACCCAUCGGGAGGCUUGCGGAGCCACAACUUUCCCAGGAAGUCCAUCUACGUCUCCCUCUCCGAGAACCAUGGAAGAGAGGCCGGCAAAAACAACCACGUCGACAGCGAGGACGGAUCCUUCAGAAGCAGCAGCUCUAAUAGGUUCAGCAUCGGGCUGAGACCGCGCUUCUCCAACUACAGCAGCCUGUCCCAGCCUUACAGGGGCAACCACUCCAACCACACCGCUCCCAACCACUCAUACAGCCAGACAGCGCUGAAGCAAAAGCUGUCUGUCCCGGAGGAUGAGCUGCUCCAGCAAUUCAAAAGGGAAGAGGUGGCCUCCUCUGGUAGCUUCAGCGCUCACUACCUGUCCAUGUUCCUGCUCACGGCAGCCUGCCUCUUCUUUCUGCUGCUAGGCCUCAUGUACCUUAGGAUGAGGGGCUCUGGAUCAUCAGAGGUGGAGGGAGUCAUUAAGAACCACCCUUUUGGCGGCGAGUUUGACUCUUCUUAUGACAAGGCAGAGAAGGACCUGAUCCUGAAGCUGCUGCUCAAUCUACACGACCACCUGGCCCACAUCGCUGGCCAGCACGACUGCGGAGACCAGAAGUGUCCAAACAGGAGUCUGUCCAUGGACGAGGCCUCUGCGUAUUUACGGGCCCAGAAUCAGGAGUUUGAAGGCUUCAUUCAUUUGUCUCUGGAGUGGAUCAUCCGGGCAGGACAGGACGUGGGCAUAAGGCUGACUGGGCAGGUAGCUGAUAACCCGGUGACCGAUGUGUCUGAGAUCUCUCGGCUGGAGUCCACGCACCCCAAGAUGCCCUUCACAUGCCGCUUCCGUCGAGCCUUCGUCACCGUCAUCAGCAGAGUCUUCGUCAUCGCAGUCGUGGUGGGCUGUGUGUGGAGCGUGGUCUGGUACAUGAAGUAUCGCUGGAGGAGGGAGGAGGAGGAGACCAGGCAGAUGUACGACAUGGUGGAGAGGAUCAUCGACGUGUUGAGGAGCCACACUGAGGCUUGCCAAGAGAACCAGGACCUACAGCCCUACAUGCCCAUCCCCCAUGUCAGAGACUCCCUGGUUCUGCCUCAGGAUCGGAAGAAGAUGAAGAAGAUCUGGGAGCGGGCUGUGAGCUUCCUCUCAGCCGACGAGUCCAGGAUUCGAACAGAGAAUCAGAGGAUCGGCGGAGCGGACUUCCUGGUCUGGAGGUGGAUCCAGCCUUCUUUCAGUUGCGACAAGACCUCCUUAAUGCCCUCCAAAGUUUGGCAGGGAAAAGCGUUCCCUCUGGAUCGGAGGAACUCGCCUCCCAAUAGCCUGACUCCAUGUCUGAAGAUCAGGAACAUGUUUGACCCGGUCAUGGAGGUCGGGGAGAACUGGGAUCUAGCCAUCCAGCAGGCGAUCCUGGAGAAGUGCAGUGACAACGACGGCAUCGUCCACAUCACUGUUGACAAGAACUCACGAGAGGGCUGCGUCUAUGUCAAGUGUCUCUCUGCAGAGCACUCAGGGAAAGCCUUCAAGGCACUUCAUGGCUCCUGGUUUGAUGGUAAGCUGGUGACAGUAAAGUAUCUGCGUUUGGACCGAUACCACCAGCGCUUCCCGCAGGCACAGGGCUGCAACACGCCCCUGAAGGCCUCCAGCCUCCUCCACCCGAACACCACAAGCACCGCGGACACUACGCCCAGCCUGCAGCACCACGGCUCAGCCAACUCUUCAGGCUUCUCAUGAGAUCACCAUUAAAGCAUUAGAUUUAGCGUUCUCUUCUGUGCCCUCCCAGCAGCACAGCACCAGUCUGCUGCUGCUCCUUCACUGCUUUAUAACGGGGAAGACUUUAAGUCUGUGCCGUGGGAGAGCUUUUUUUUUUUUUUUUUCCUUCUUUUUUUUUUUAUUUGUUUGUUUGUUUUUUUUUCAACACAGGAUCUUUGCAAGAAAAGCUGUUCAGCGUUGCAGUGUUUGUUUUCUAUAAUCUUUGUAUUAGAAAUGUCAUGGAUUUAACAAGGAAGCGAAGCUCUUCUGGAAUAUUUAAGAUGUGUGCAGAUACUCCGACCCUCCCUCCUCCUCCUCUUCCUCCUCCUCUUCCUCCUCCUCCACAGUGUAACUAACUGAUCCCAUGAUGGAAUUCAUUUGGGAACUGUAUGAAAACGGCUGCAUGUUUCAGCGUAUGCCUCUAUUUCAGAGUAUGCCUCUAUGUAAGCUUUCAAUACAACAGUGUGGAUGUUGAUUUCUUUUUUCCUGAAGAUGUUCGAUGUACUCCUUGUUAUUAUUAUUAUUAUUAUUAUUAUUCUUGAUUAUUAUUAUUAUUUAGUCAAGCGAGGAAGGCAUGGACAGAUUUGCAGAGGGUGUCCUGUAAAUACAUGUGAAUGGUGGCACAAGCUUUAUUACAUCUUCUGUAUUAAAAAGCAAAGCAUAAGCUCACUUUUUUUUUUUUUUUUUUUUUCCUUUGCUGCUCACGUACCACAGCAGAGUACAUCUGUAUCCAGAGGCAAACACUCCCAGAGAGGCCGCAAUAGCACAGAUGCACACACACACAGAACAGUUCAGGUGGUAGAAUGCCGAUUCAGCCGCUGUGUGUGUGUGUGUGUGUUGUUUGCUCCAUGUAUUCCAUGUAUGGGCUUUCUUUCCCUUUGUCCUUGGUUUUGUUAUGGCAUCCAGCAGAGCUCCCAUUACCCUCAACGUUUGAGCGAUAUAACAAAAUCAGGGAGUGUAACCUUUUUUUAACAGUCACCUGAAACUUUCUACUGCAGAUAUAAUCCAAUAUAUCCCCAAGUUAUUAUUACCACUUAUUAUAUUUAUUAUUUACCUCUUUCAAGUUGUGGUGCAACCACCCCCUUUCUCAUUGAAUUGGAUUUCCACGCCUGUUCUGAAUGAGUGGUGUGUGUCAGGGAAGUCAGGACUGUUUCAGAAUCUGUGCUCACCUCACAGAUGUUUUCCCGUCACGACGGAGCCUGAUUCUGUCUCCACUGGCCUCGUAAACGAUGCUACCACGCUUUUUUUUUUUGUUGUUUUUUUUUUUUUUUGUCAUAAGGAGUACUGUGAGAAUGUUGACAAGUUUGUAAUACUCAAUUCUAAAAAUCCCAACCCCCCACCACCCUGCCAGCCCCUCCCUGUAAGGAGAGUUUACUGAACUUAGGGAUUCCUGAUUUGCUUGUGUGUUUUUACAGCAUCCGUGUACUCAGAUAAAAAAAAACGCUAAGAAUCCAGGAGAUGCUAUGACGUAAUUACAUUUUUUUUUUUUUUUUUUUUUUUUAAAUGCAGUGAAUUGAAAGUUGGAUUCAGUAUUUGCAGUGUGAAAUUGUACAAAUGAUGCACAUUUCAAAAUGUUCAAAAUCUGCUGCAGUAGGCAGCGGACAACCCAACAGUGCCUUAAAUUUGUGCUUUUUUUAAGACUGGCACUGCAUUACUGGACAAUACUGGAUUUAAGAAAUAGAAACAGUUCAAAGGGUGAGUAAGGCCUGCCAUAGAUGUAGUUUUGUUAGAGUUUUACAUCUUCAGAUUUGGUAUUUUGUAGCAGUUUCCUUUGAUAUUAAACCAAAUGCUUCUCUCUAUUUAUUUCUUUUUUAAAAAAAAAAAAAAAAAACAGCCAUGGUGAUGUACUAUUUUAAUGUCACUAUACAGUACCUGUUACAUAUGUGUCAUAACUUUAUUUCAUCGAGAAUCAACCUUACAUCCACUUCCAAACAACUGUCAGGAUGUGUAAAACAACAAAAUAAAGUGAACACUUUAAGAAAGAAGCCAGUUGUUAGUGCAUCACUGUAAUCUAUUUUUGUACUCCAGCAGAACGGUGCACCUGCAGCAUUUCACCUCACAGACUGUGCUGAGGCUGAAUGUAAAUGUUGGUUUGAUGUGACGCCACCUCUCCAGGCUUGUGCUUCACCUAUAAAUACAUCCGCGUGGAUGCUUUCUUUUCCUCUGAUGUAUUUUAUGUAAACACUGUACAUUGAUAUAAGUGUAGUAUGUACCAUUAUAUGCAGCUUUAUUUCCAUUGCAUUGUAUGUUUGGGUUUACCAGUAUCCCUAACCUGCUAGCCAGAGGGGGGAGGUGUAAUAUACUAGACAUUUAAAAAAAAAAAUAGAUGUUUUAAUGUAAUUUGUCAAUUGUACAAACAGCUCAAAUUAAAGAUUUAUUAGGAGUUUUUA